CAUGUUGAACUAACUCUAUUCCAGAGGAAAAAGUCACCAUGAUGAUCGAAAUCUGUUCCGAAGCAGCAUCCGGAAGUGACUCUGACGACGAGAAUGUUUGUUCCGUUCCGGUGAAGUCGUUACGCCAUGCUGGGUUCGUUUUCCCUUUGCGACACGAGGAUGACGUCGAGCGACUGGAGGAAAUGGUCAAGACAAAUCCGGUUAUUCGCAAGGAAUAUAUAACUUUCGCACGAAUGUCCAGGACGGGUAUCCAUCAGAACAUUGUAUCGAUCGUCCAGCGAUUAUUCACCGAUCAAUCCCUAGCGAACUACACCUACCAUGGUAUCAAGAAUUCCCAGUACUAUCGGAAGGCCAUGAAAGAUUACGACAUCUUUACGGACUGUCUGUUGGAUGCUUGGGAGGAACAUGCCACAACAGCGGAAAGGCUCAGGAAAGCUCUCAUUGAAGCAACCCAAAGAGCCAAGCAGCAUCUGUCCUCGGCUCGAUACUACCAGCGCUAUCGGAACCGGUUGCUCGAGAAGCGGAAGGAAAGCUGGAAAAACAAGAAGACGGAGGACAAGAAAUGAUGGUUCCUUUAAAAAGAAAAUAAAGAUAAACCAAACUAUCUAAAUCUAGUACUUUUCACUGUUGCAAAAUUACAAAAUAUAAUUAUUAUUUAACCGCUUGGACAUCAUUAAACAUCUUCUCAUUCUCCGUUUCUCGAAGCGCUGUCGUCAAAGCUAAUUAAAUCGGAACACAAUGACGUCGCCAAUCAAGCGAUGAUGACACCCACCUACGACAGUGCAGUACUAGAUCGCGACGAAACAAGCAUUGUGAAAUCCGAAUUGGCUGGAGACUACUCACCGGGAUUCGAAGAAGCAACUCAAGGGCAGCUUCCGAAGCAACAGGUAUAUCGCCCUUCGAUAAGAAAACCAACCAAAUCGGCCCGGGUAGCAGGUUUCGACUUUCCGCUUACAUGCGAAGAGGACGUUGACCGCUUGGAACUGAUGGUCAAUCGGAACCCGAUUAUCAAAAAUCAAUAUAUCAAGUACUUGGCCAUCAACAAGCCACCGCAUCUGGACGUGGUACAGGUGCUGUAUCGGUUCUUCGAAGACGAUGCUCUGUCCAACUUCAACUGGACCGGUCAGGAGAGGUACGGCUCAGCCGACAAAAAGAAAGCUAUGCAAAAGUACACCAUUUUCAAUUCGUGUAUGCUAGAAGCUUGGUCAAGCCAGGGUGUAACUCGAACCAGUCUGACGAACUCGUUGAAGAAAGCAUUGCAGCUUCAAUCCCGUCGACGGUACAGCAGCUACCACAAACGAAAGCGACAGCAAAUGUUAACUGCCGAAAAGUAGUUCGACGGUAAUAAAGGUG